UUAACGGAGUAGUUGCGCUAAAAAAUCGACGCAUUGGUCGAGGUUAAUCGGCCAACAAUGGUUGACGAAGUUGUAAUAUGGCCGUAAUCGGCAUAUCAAAAUUAAACCCGGUCAAUGAUAACCAAAUAUCGUCAAUAUCGAAGGGUCGGUGGUGUGUCGUCAUCACUGACGAUAUUACGUUCAACGAUCGUGGACUUGUUAAAUAUUGCGACGAGAAAAAGUCGCAAUCAACAGGAGUUGUUGAAUGCGUUAUGUCUUCACCGUCACACCGCGGCAACAACCAACACGAUGAGGGAGAUAGUGAUCCCGAUGAUCCUUACAUUGAUACUGAUCCAGUCAGGUAUGAGUUACGAAAUAUUCAAAAUGUCAUACACGUGACAAGACAGAAUAUCGAUGCGUUGAACAGCCGUUUCGCCGCAUUCCAGCAUCCACCCUCUAUAUAUCUGACUGAGCAUCAGGAAUUAACAAGUAAACUACGCGAAUUGGAAUCUAAAGAGCACAAGCUCAAUGAAUUAAUCAAUUCGGCAAGUUGUGGUACGUCAGGUUGUGAUGAUUUGCAAUUGUCCGUGCGGUACAAGUGCCCGAGAACACCUCUCAAAUCUUUACUCAGGGCACACUUGCCCAAUCAGCAGAGAACAAGUGUACAGGUCCGAGAGGGAAUGGCCCUGCGUGAUGCCCUAGCAAAAGCAAUGAAACUCCGUAACUUAACAACCGAAAUGUGUGUGGUGUACAUAGUGGAUCCAGACGGUUCAAAGCACCCAAUCCCCUGGGACACAGACAUAUCGUCCCUGGAGUGCGACGAGAUAUCAGUGGAGAUCUCCGACAAAUUUCCAAUAACAACUUCAAUAUCCCACAACUUCGUGAGAAAAACAUUUUUCUCCCUGGCAUUCUGCGAGUGCUGCAGAAAGCUGUUAUUCCAGGGAUUUUACUGUCGUACAUGCAACUACAGAUUUCACCAGCGAUGCGCAGGGGGUGUACCAGCUCUGUGCCACCAAGUGAGAAUGCAGGACGCCUACUACAAGGCACUCCUUGCCCACAAUCCAGAGAGAAGCGCUGGAAUUCUCCAGCUACCUCCAGGAUACGCCCUGAGCAGUAGUAUGUCCCCAUCGUUGGCCCAAUCACGUCAGAAACACCCGAGAACUCUAGCCCAGCACGACAGAUCCAGCUCAGCCCCAAAUGUCUGCUUCAACAUGGUUAAACCUGGCAGUGAGCCCAUCACAGUCGAUGAUUACUCAAGAUCCCAGAGUCUGAGUCGUCCAGUGGAAUCAGGCCAAUCACCAGUGUCCCCCAGCUGUUCACCAACGAAACACAGUCAAUCGACUCAAGCCAGUCCCACCAGUACUCUACGACCAAAACGCCCCAGGGCAAAAUCAGCUGACGAAUCAUCGAAGAAUCUCCUUGCACCCAGAGAAUCCAUCGAGGAUUGGGAAAUACCAGCUGAUGAGAUUCUCGUUGGUCCAAGAAUUGGCUCUGGCUCAUUUGGAACUGUCUACAAGGCACACUGGCAUGGACCAGUCGCUGUCAAAACUCUAAACGUCAAAAUUCCCACCCCAGCACAGCUACAGGCUUUCAAGAACGAAGUGGCUGUCCUCAGGAAAACACGUCACGUUAAUAUCCUCCUGUUCAUGGGUUGCGUCAGUAAACCACAGCUCGCUAUUGUCACCCAGUGGUGCGAGGGAUCCUCUCUAUAUAAACAUCUUCAUGUUUUUGAAUCGAAAUUUGAGCUGCUCACGCUCAUUGAAAUUGGCAGACAGACAGCACAGGGAAUGGAUUAUCUUCAUGCCAAGAAUAUCAUUCACAGGGAUUUGAAGAGUAAUAAUAUAUUUCUGCAUGAUGAUUUGACUGUGAAAAUUGGAGAUUUUGGAUUGGCAACUGCCAAGACUCGAUGGUCUGGAUCGCAGCAGUUUCAUCAGCCAACUGGAUCGAUUCUUUGGAUGGCACCUGAGGUUAUCAGAAUGCAGGAGGAAAAUCCGUACGGCUUUCAGUCUGAUGUUUAUGCGUUUGGGGUUGUUUUAUUUGAACUUCUUGCUGGACAGCUGCCCUAUUCGAAUAUUAAUAAUAAGGACCAAAUACUGUUUAUGGUGGGGAGGGGGUACUUAAGACCUGAUUUGAAUAAACUCAGGUCUGAUACGCCCAAGGUACUCAAGAGACUCACUGAGGACUGCACCAAGUUCUCCAGAGAGGACAGACCCAUUUUCAGGCAAAUUCACGCCAGUCUUGAGGGACUUAUCAGGGGACUACCCAAAAUCACAAGGUCCACGUCUGAACCUAAUCUUAAUAGGACUCAGCUGCAGUCUGAUGACUUUCUUUAUGCCUGCGCAUCUCCCAAGACUCCUGUUAACGUUCAGUUCGGCGCAUUUCCCUUUUAUCCCAUUGGGGGAAAUAUUUAAGCUUUAUUGUUAUUUUUUUUUUUUUUUUCAAGGCGAACAGCUGGGGAAAUUCAAUGGAGAUUUUGUGAUGCAUGUCUGCUGCGGUUUUUGGGAGACUGCGAUAAUUUUUCUCUUUAUUUUAUUCUUUUUUACCGGCGAUUUAUCGGCUUGGAAUUUUUUUGGAAAAAAUUGUCCCAGGGAAAUUCUCCGGUUCUGGAAAAUCGGAGCUUCUGUGUUCUAGAUUUUUUUGGUGGAAGGAAAAUUAACAUCUGUUGAAUGAAUGAGUGGAAAAAAAUUGUUGAUGGAAAUUGUUGGAAGGGAGAUGGGAUUUUUGGAGAAAUUUUCAUCGAUGGAAUUUUUUAUUUCGUUUUGGCGAUCGAAAUCAUGUGGGAAUUGUAUUUUUUUUUCUGUCUGUUUGCCUGUUAUUCUGAUUCUUAUUCGCGUUUUCGGUCUUGAAUUUUUGAUUAGACGAUUUUAUGAACGUGCAAGCAUCAUGUUCAAGAAUUUUAGUGUUAAAAAUUGAAUGAAUGAAAUUUCGAAUGGAUUACCAAUGGAAUUGUCUCAUUUCCACACUCGUACUGUAUUUAUUGUUACUUUAAUUUUACGUAUCACUCGUCUUGUUUCUUCUAAAAAAAAUUCAUGUCCAUGAAUUUCCUGAUUUGAUGAACUUUCAAUUUCAUAUUUAAGUGAUUUAGUGUAAAAAUAGUAUAAUAUAAUCAGAGAAAUCCAUUUUCUUGAGAAAAAAAAAAAUUCAAAUAGAAGGAAAAAAUAAAAUCUAUUGAAUUUUUUGCACGCGAUAAAAUCUCAGCCCCUGGGAAAUUCAUCAAAUUGCAUCCGAAACAUUAUCUUCGUGUACAUAAAAUAUUAAAGUGCUCGUUGAUUUUUCACUUUCCAAUCUUUCGUUUCUGCUGAAGGGAGAGGGAUCCUUCAAAGGAUAUAAAUAAUAAAUAUACUCACUUUCUAGCAGUAACAGCAUUCAAUAAGGAACGAGAAUCGUUUACUUGUGAUAUAAUGUUAUUCUGAAAAAAUACAUCAAAGUUCCUGGUCUCGAUAAUGAUUUAUCUUCGUGUUCUUCAUUUCUCUCUGCUUCGUUGUGAGAAAUAGUCGGAGUGACGUUGUAACCAGAUGAUGUAGAUUUUUUUACCCAGUCGGUUUAAUAAAUUCUGUGAAAAUAUCUGCAUAUUCCACUAAUGUUUAUCGUUAUAAAAAAUGUCAGUUCGUGGGGGUGGGAGAGGGGAUGAAAUAAUAGCACCCAGUGGAAAAGGGGAAAAGCUAAAAAUCAAUUGCUCUCUCUUAUAUCUCUAUUCCUUUUUCCACUGAACUGUUGUGUAUAAAAAAUUCAAUAGAAAAAUCUAAUUAUUUUUCAAAAGUUAAAGGAAUUUAUGAAUUUUCAUUCAAUUUUCC